AUGUAUGCCAUUCAAAUCGACAAUGGUAUCUACAUAUUCGACAGAAGUCAAAUUGUCCGAAUACAAUUCAAGCAUGAAACUUUUGUUUUUAAUUCUAACAAUGCCAACAAUCAGUACGUUGUAUUAGUCAUAUCACAGAAUAACUCAUAUCAAAUACCAGCCACUUACGAUACUCCUAAUAUUAAUUUACCGACAUUUGUAUUUGAACUACCAUUAAAUGGAAUCAUAUCAGAUUUUUCCACCGAUAUCGUAAUUGCUUUGAAUAAUAAGAUUGUUAAUCGAUCGAUUGAGGAUGCCACCUUACAAUUGAAUUAUUUUGAUACAAAUCAUGGUAAUAAAAGCUCGGUAAUGUUGAACAUCGAUGGUGGACGAUAUUAUGUACCAUUACCUACUAAUGACACAAUAAUAGACUACUAUUUUGAUACGAAAAAACUACGUACAACAAUUAUUCAACAAAGUAAUGCAUGCAUAAAAUUGAUACAAGCCUAUCCGAUUUCAAACAUAUGGUUAAAAGUUCCUGAUUCAAUCAAAGCAUUUUGCUUGCUUAUUGCUGCAGAAAUAACUCUUAAGAUUUCAGAUGUUCUGCGUACAGUAUCCAAUUAUAUUUCACAUUUUUCAUUGCAAUCUCGAUUAUUUAGUCUACUGAGCAAUUUCGAAAUCAUAGCUUUCAUUCCUGGAGAAGAAUCAAUAACAGUAUCCUUGAAUGUUAACAAUCAAAUUAAUUUGACAGAAGAUACUUGGAUAACUAAUAAUGACAGUAUAAUUAAUCAGAACAAUCUAAAUGCAUUUUUCAUUCAAGCAAGUGGCGCACGGAGACAAUGCAACAAACAGACAUAAUUGUGAAGUUUUCUUAUGAAAUCAAUGUCGCUAAAAAUCAAAUUUAAGUUUACUAUAUGAAUCGACAAUUAAGUUUUUACAACUGAAUGUGUUGGUACCAAUGGAAUGAUUACUAUAUCAUUGAACGAUACUGAAAGUACAUUGCAUGUCAAUGUAUUUCCAGAUUGCGCUGGUGAAAUUGACACUGCUUGGUAUUAUAAAUUUGAAUGCAUGAACAAAUUAAAAAUCCUGACGAUAAUGUUUGUGAUUGUGGACUUGAUGGUGCACAAUUCCAUAAAAUGAUGAAACCCUUGAUCAACGGCUGUGAAGGAAAAAAUGCAUUUUUUAAUUUUAUUAUUCAACCAAUAAGUAAUGCUUGGAAAUUCACAAAUGCUUGUAAUAUACAUGAUGAAUGCUAUGGAAGAUGUAACAAUCGCAGAGUAAUUUGUGAUAAACUUUGCUUUCGAAUAUGUUGUCUUCCUGUACGAAAAAUUCGAUUGACUCUGAUCAAAUUCUUAGUUGUCAAGAAUGGACACAUAUAUUUUAUAGAUUCGUACGAUGGUUAAUUCGCUAAUUUAAUAAUAAAUUUCUCUCUCAAUACUCUUGACUUACAUUUCUAGAAAUCUUAUUCAUGAGUUUCGAACUAAUUCUCUUGUAUCAUAUUUACGCCUGGAAAAAAAUAGCUUUAGUCCGUAUUUGACUUAUAUUGUCACUAUGGCAACAUAUUUUUUUAAAACCAAUUGCAUAUUCUGAAAGCCCGUGGAGUUUUCUAUAAUUCUGUAUAUUUAUGUUGUAGUUUGUACUUAGUCAUUAGAAAAAUAAAUCGAGUACAAUGAAGGCACCCUGAUGUCCAGAUUCCCAUAAACAAAAUUUUGUUACUAUCAUGAAAAUUAGUUUUUAAACUUUUUUAUUAUUAGAGCAGUAUCUUUUUAAAAAAGUAAUUAUAUAUUCUGAUAGAGCUUGAAAUUCUCUAUCACCCUGUAUAUUUCCUUAUUUCCUUAUAUUCAUCUAUCGAAAAGAAAAUUUGAGUACAGUAAACAUACCGUCAAAUGACAAGUAUCGAAAAUGUGAAAUUUUGGUUGCUUCUGGAGUCCUCUUUUUAAAUUUAUUAUUCUUAUAGAAAAAUUUACUUUUAAAAAGUAAUCAUAGAUUCUGAUAGAGCUUCAAAUUCUCUAUCAUCCUGUAUACUUGUUAACUAUUUUGCAGUUAUGUGCUAGAGAAUAACUCGAGUAUUAUGUCGGCAUGCUCCUUGAUAAGCUCUAAAAAGAAGUAGCUUUUUUUACUACAUAUCUCGUUUUUUGUUUCAGAAGUACACGAUGAUGGAGAAUUUCAAGCUCUAUCAGAAUAUAUAAUUACUUUUUUAAAAAGAUACUGCUCUAAUGAUAAAAAAGUUUAGAAACUAAUUUUCAUGAUAGUAACAAAAUUUUGUUUUUGGGAAUCUGGACAUGAGG